GCGCGCGCGCGCCUGUCAGUGCUGUGGAGACGCGCGCGCUGGCGGAGGCAGCAGUGGCGCAUCUCGCACACACACACACGCACAUCCUCCGCUGGAAUAACGGCUGCUGAGGAUGUGAGCGGCUUUCGGCCUCGACACCGGCCAAAGCUUCCGUUUUCCCAUGACAAACCAAUGCGAGAAGAGAGCGAGCGAGCGUGAGACUAAACGGUACAGGGCAGCGGAGAGAUCCUCGCUAUUAUUAUGAGAAAAGAGGACGGGGUUGUCGGAGCCGUAUUUGUUUUGCUCGCGGAGAUGAGGCGGGGGGUAGCGAGUCGCUACAAAAUCGUUGGGCUCCGGCCAAGCAUUACUCCGUUUUAGCACAGAUAUAUACCGCCGUGCUUGCGUUUAAGUCGUCAACAGACGCGUUUGUUCGUUACGGAUUGCAUCGCAGAAAAAUAAUGCAGCUGUCUCGAGGACAUCUGUGAGAUUUGCGGACUGCUGUUGCCGCUGCCAUGACAGACGCAGGCUUUACCGAGCAGGCGGAGUGAGAGAAGCUCGGCCCCAGCUGCAGCAGCACGGCCGAUGAGGGCUGCGCUUACCGGGGGACAAUAAAUCUGUAAAUACUGUUCGCGUUAUUCCUCUUUAAUCGUUUGCAAUCUCAGGGAAAAUGUCCUCUCGAUCUGCUUUAACGUCUGCGAACGACCGGAGCACAGAUCAUCAUGCGUCUCUGGUGGCGAGUCGUUCAGAGAAGGGGACGAAUGUGUCGAGUCGCUCACUGGGUGCGAGAUGUCGUAACUCCAUGGCUUCUUACUCAGACGAGCUACCGCACAUCGGAAACUACCGGCUCCUUAAAACCAUUGGCAAGGGCAACUUUGCUAAAGUCAAACUGGCCCGCCACAUCCUCACAGGCAAAGAGGUUGCAAUAAAGAUUAUUGACAAGACUCAGUUGAACCCAACCAGCCUACAAAAGCUGUUCAGAGAGGUACGGAUCAUGAAGACUCUACAUCACCCAAACAUUGUGCAACUCUUUGAGGUUAUCGAAACAGAGAAGACGCUUUAUCUUGUGAUGGAAUAUGCAAGUGGAGGUGAGGUGUUUGAUUAUCUGGUGUCUCAUGGGAGAAUGAAAGAAAUUGAGGCUAGAGCCAAAUUCAGACAAAUUGUGUCAGCUGUUCACUACUGUCAUCAGAAGAAUAUUGUUCACAGAGAUCUGAAGGCAGAGAAUUUGCUGUUGGAUGCAGAUUCCAACAUAAAGAUAGCAGACUUUGGCUUUAGUAAUGAGUUUACAUUGGGGAAUAAGUUGGACACUUUCUGCGGUUCCCCGCCUUACGCUGCUCCAGAGCUGUUCCAAGGAAAGAAGUAUGAUGGGCCAGAGGUGGACAUCUGGAGCCUAGGGGUCAUCCUGUACACACUGGUCAGCGGAUCUCUUCCUUUUGAUGGACAGAACCUUAAGGAGCUGCGUGAGCGAGUGUUGAGGGGAAAGUACCGUGUGCCCUUCUACAUGUCCACAGACUGUGAGGGGAUUCUGCGCAGAUUUCUUGUGCUCAAUCCCAGCAAACGUUGCACUCUAGAGCAAGUGAUGAAGGAUAAAUGGAUGAAUGCAGGCCAUGAUGGUGAUGAGUUAAAGCCACACAUUGAGCCAACUGAAGACUACAGUGACGCCAACCGCAUUGAGAUUAUGGUCGGGAUGGGUUUCACUACAGAGGAGAUUAAGGACUCUUUACUCAAUCAGAAAUAUAAUGAAGUCACAGCGACAUAUCUACUGUUGGGCCUGAAGACUGAGGAUGGUGCUGAGUCACGAGUUAGCGGCAGUAUGACAUUGCCGCGGGUGCGUCCGAGCCCAAUUACCAAUGGAACCAACAAACACUCCUCCUCUUCAUCAUCUUCCUCAUCCUCACACAGCAAGACUCAGCGCAGCGCCUCUACCUACCACCGCCAGCGACGGCACAGUGAUUUCUUUUGCUCUGCAGGUGGUCCCAGCAUGCCUGUGAUGCACCCUAAGCGAAGCCCAACCAGCGGCGGAGAUCGUGAGCUUCGUGAGAGCCGCAUGCCACCAAGGAAGGCCAGCUGUAGCGUUAUGGGCAGUCGGACUCUGCCACCAUCAAGUCCAAUGGUCAGCACCGCCAACAACCCCAACAAGGCUGAGAUACCUGAUCGACGCAAGGAGAUGACAGCCACCACUAACAAUAUCCCAGGAAGCACUAUGACCCGCAGAAACACAUAUGUAUGUACGGAUCGUUCCAGCACUGACCGACACUCUCUGCUGCAGAACGGCAAAGACAACAGCUCUCUGUCCCACCGCCUACCCCCCACCUCUCCCUCCACCCUCAGUAUUGUGGGAGCGGGAGCCUCCUCCUCCUCGUCCUCUGGCGAGCGAUGUCGGCUGACCCGUGGAUCCACCAUCCGGAGCACCUUCCAUGGGGGUCAGCUCCGUGACCGUGUACCGCCUACCUAUGGACCUCCACCCACAUCGCCCACCCUCAGCCAUGACGCCGGAGCCCUGCCGGCCAAUGCCCGCAGCCGGGCCACUUCUAAUCUGUUCAGCAAACUCACCUCCAAACUCACACGCAGGGUCUCAAAUGAAUCUGAGGGAGUCAGCAGAUCUUCGGUCACAGGUGGCCAUUUAUCUGGGGAUCAGAAAGCGUCCGAGCCCUGGGGCGGGGGAGGGGGGUGGGAUGUAAGGGCUCGUCUCUCCCGUCCCCCUCGGGCCCCUGCAGAAGUGGUACUGGCCUUGCGUGAGGCAGCGAGGGGAUGCGGCUGCCAGGUCCGGCACGCUGGCCCGUUUCUGCUGUGCUGCAGUCAUGGGGCGGCAGGGUCAAAAGUCGCAUUCCAAGCGGAGGUGUGCCAAUUGAGUGUGGGUCCCGCAGAGGCAAACGGAGUACGCUAUACACGCCUGUGGGGGGCCCCGCUCGCCUUCAGGCAUAUUGCAUCACAGAUCUCAAAAGAGGUAGAGCUUUGAGGGGACGGGGAGGACACGUGACUCAGAGACGUCCCCUCACUAUAUCCCGACUGACCUAUGUGUUACAGACUUAAAACAACAUCUGAUCCCUCCUCCAGUCAACAUUCAACACACACCAAACCAAACACGCAUAAACACAGUCACCUUAAAAGCACGGAACACUCAACCCUGACAGAAGGAUAUCUUAAAGUACAAAAACAAGCACACCCCUUCCAUGCACAGCAUAAACCUGAGUGCUUCUUAACACGGAUACACACACACACACACACAUACACACUCUCUCUGAACAGCCUCAUUCACUGGAUCUGGAUUGAAUCCAGUUUAGUAUUUUUAUUCUCAUUCUAGUCAUGAAAUUCUUACUUCAAUAAUUGAUGUCAUUCUUUUUUUUAAGCCACUUUUGUAUGUUUUCAACAAGUCUUGACAUUUUAAACGGGUCAUCAUUUUUAUUUUUUUGUGAUUUACUGUGUCUUACAUUUCUUAAUAUUGAAUCAUUGACAAUGUAGGACUGUAGCUGCCAAUGAACUAUAUGCACAAAUGUGAAGUUGGCAAACGUAUCCUAACUUUAUCAUAGCUCUCCCAAAUCUAUAUCACACUCGCUGGCGAUUGCAAAUUUGAUCAGGCUGCAAGCCAACCAUCUACACUUGGGUCUUGGGAUUGUCCAAGCUAAAUUUUCUUCCCUAGAAGAUCUGUUUUUCUGAGGGGUAGUGCUAGUUUACUUGCGACCGGUUUUGAUUUAGAAGAGACAUUUAAUGCCAAACGUAUUUUCGAACAGGCUUGUUGGUUGUUGAUGUAACUCUUUUAUUUCAACUCCUGUUAAGUGACCCUUUGUCAGUUGAGUCCGCUCUCCAUUUACAGUCAGAGUGGUGUUGAGGCUACAUAAAAAUAUUUGUGUUCAGUGGUAUUAAAGACGCACGUCUUGCAUUGUAGGUAUCUGAAUAACUUUGUGUCUGGAUAAAACAUUUUCUAUUGGAUGUUAACAUUCAAGAUAUUUACCCAGCAAGCAUUUUUGUUUUUUUAAAAAAGUCUUAUAGAUGUUUAAUAGUAAUCUAAACAUAGCCGUCUUGGCUAAAACAAGGCUAAAUUUGUGCUGUCAGUAAAAAUCUAAUUGACAUCUAAGAAUCGCCCAAAAUAGGGAUGUGCAAUUUGGGGGAAAAAUGUAAUUGCGAUGAUUUUAUUUAUUUGUUUUUUUGACAGAUAUUGCGAUUUGAUUACGAUUUAAUUUAAGCUGAUUUUAUUUUUAAUUCAAGCUUCAGCUCAGUAAUUUGUAAACCGUGGUAACAAUUCUGCGACAGCUCUUAAAAAUAUUCAAAAUACUCAAAAUAUUCCCUUAUUACAAAUGAUGUUUGUCUUUAAUAUUAAUUCAUCUAUUAAUGCUUCUGAAGCAGCAAACGCCAUAAUCUUACUUGUCAGCUAUUUUCUGUUUGUUUUCUUUUUUUAUUGUGGGCGGAGUUCAGUUGCGCAAGUCUGAUUGGGCCGAACAAAAGUGUGCUUACUCAAAUAGCUAGUUAUAAAGCCCCGGUCAGAUCACAUGAUUUCAGCACAAUUUGCUUGAUGUAGGGUGUCGUGGGGAGUUGUAAACAGCAAAUAGACGUCGUGACAGCAUUCAAUCAUUUCUUCUCCUGUAUUGCGGCUUAAACAACCAAUAUCAUGUCUGCAAUGCCUCAUGACACCAUUGCAGAAAGCCUAGCAUGUUUAAUUUUCUGAAGCAUAGCUGGUUCUGAAGCACUUCACCUCAGAUGUUCUUUGUUGUUUUUGUUUACAUAUGUACAUAUCUAUUUUAUAUAGCAGCCUCCUGCAGUUAACUAAUCGCAACAUUUCAAAUUGUGAUUCGAUUUCGAUUAAUCGCACAGCCCUAGCCCAAAACUAGACUAGUCAUCAAACAA